AUGACGACAUACACACUGAUUGUCACAUCACCUACUAGUGAAACUUCCCCUACCAGUGUAACAUCACCUACAAGUGUCACAUCACCUACAAGUGUCACUUCAGCAACCAGUGUUACAUCACCAACCAGUGUCACAUCACCUACCAGUGUCACAUCACAUACCAGUAUGACAUCGCCUACAAGCAUUACGUCGCCAACAAGUUUAACAUCACCUACCAGUUUAACAUCCCCUACUAGUGUGACAUCACUUACCAGUGUCACAUCGCCUACAAGUGUCACAUCGCCUACAAGUGUCACGUCACCUACAAGUGUCACUUUAGUAACCAGUGUAACAUCGCCAACCAGUGUCACAUCCCCUACCAGUGUAACAUCACCAACAAGUGUAACAUCACGAACCAGUGUAACAUCACCAACAAGUGUAACAUCACCUACCAGUGUAACAUCGCCUACCAGUGUAACAAGUGUCACGUCACCUACCAGUAUGACGUCGCCUACUAGUGUGACGUCACCUACAAGUGUCACGUCACCUACAAGUGUCACUUCAGUAACCAGUGUAACAUCGCCAACCAGUGUCACAUCACCUACCAGUGUAACAUCACCAACAAGUGUAACAUCACGAACCAGUGUAACAUCACCAACCAGUGUAACAUCACCUACCAGUGUAACAUCGCCUACCAGUGUAACAAGUGUCACGUCACAAACCAGUGUGACUUCACCUACCAGUGUCACAUCACCUACCAGUAUGACGUCGCCUACUAGUGUGACGUCACCUACAAGUGUCACAUCACCUACCAGUGCCACUUCACCAACAAGCGUAACAUCACCAACCAGUGUAACAUCACCUACUAGUGCAACAUCACCUACUAGUAUUACAUCACCUACAAGUGACACAUCACCUACUAGUGUGACCUCAGCUACCAGCAUAACUUCACCUACUAGUGCAACAUCACCUACUAGUGUGACAUCACCUACCAGUGUGACUUCACCUACCAGUGUCACAUUUCCUACAAGUGUCACAUCACCUACUAGUAUGACGUCGCCUACAAGCAUUACCUCGCCAACAAGUUUAACAUCACCUACCAGUGUUACGUCACAAACCAGUGUUACGUCACAAACAAGUGUGACAUCACCUACCAGUGUCACAUCACCAACCAGUGCAACAUCACCUACCAGUGUCACAUCGCCUACCAGUGUAACAAGUGUCACGUCACAAACCAGUGUGACUUCACCUACCAGUGUCACAUCACCUACCAGUAUGACGUCGCCUACUAGUGUGACGUCACCUACAAGUGUCACGUCACCUACAAGUGUCACUUCAGUAACCAGUGUAACAUCGCCGACCAGUGUCACAUCCCCUACCAGUGUAACAUCACCAACAAGUGUAACAUCACCAACAAGUGUAACAUCACCAACCAGUGUAACAUCACCUACCAGUGUAACAUCGCCUACCAGUGUAACAAGUGUCACGUCACAAACCAGUGUGACUUCACCUACCAGUGUCACAUCACCUACCAGUAUGACGUCGCCUACUAGUGAGACGUCACCUACAAGUGUCACGUCACCUACAAGUGUCACUUCAGUAACCAGUGUAACAUCGCCAACCAGUGUCACAUCCCCUACCAGUGUAACAUCACCAACAAGUGUAACAUCACGAACCAGUGUAACAUCACGAACCAGUGUAACAUCACCUACCAGUGUAACAUCGCCUACCAGUGUAACAAGUGUCACGUCACAAACCAGUGUGACUUCACCUACCAGUGUCACAUCACCUACCAGUAUGACGUCGCGUACUAGUUUGACGUCACCUACAAGUGUCACAUCACCUACCAGUGCCACUUCACCAACAAGCGUAACAUCACCAACCAGUGUAACAUCACCAACCAGUGUAACAUCACCUACUAGUGAAAUAUCACCUACUAGUAUUACAUCACCUACAAGUGACACAUCACCUACUAGUGUGACAUCAGCUACCAGCGUAACUUCACCUUCUAGUGCAACAUCACCUACUAGUGUGACAUCACCUACCAGUGUGACUUCACCUACCAGUGUCACAUCGCCUACAAGUGUCACAUCACCUACUAGUAUGACUGCAACAUCACCUACUAGUGCAACAUCACCUACAAGUGUCACAUCACCUACAAGUGUCACUUCACCUACAAGUGUAACAUCACCAACAAGUGUAACAUCACCAACCAGUGUAACAUCACAAACAAGUGUAACAUCGCCUACCAGUAUCACGUCACAAACCAGUGCAACAUCACCUACUAGUGUCACAUCCCCUACCAGUGUAACAAGUGUCACGUCACAAACCAGUGUGACUUCACCUACCAGUGUCACAUCACCUACCAGUGUGACGUCGCCUACUAGUGUAACAUCGCCUACAAGUGUCACGUCACCUACAAGUGUCACUUCAGUAACCAGUGUAACAUCGCCAACCAGUGUCACAUCCCCUACCAGUCUAACAUCACCAACAAGUGUAACAUCACGAACCAGUGUAACAUCACCUACAAGUGUCACUUCACCUACAAGUGUAACAUCACCAACAAGUGUAACAUCACCAACCAGUGUAACAUCACCAACAAGUGAAACAUCGCCUACCAGUAUCACGUCACAAACCAGUGCAACAUCACCUACUAGUGUCACAUCCCCUACAAGUCAAACAAGUGUCACGUCACAAACCAGUGUGACUUCACCUACCAGUGUCACAUCACCUACCAGUAUGACGUCACCUACUAGUGUGACGUCGCCUACCAGUGUGACAUCACCUACAAGUGUCACGUCACCUACAAGUGUCACUUCAGUAACCAGUGUAACAUCGCCAACCAGUGUAACAUCACGAACCAGUGUAACAUCACCAACAAGUGUAACAUCACGAACCAGUGUAACAUCACCUACAAGUGUCACUUCACCUACAAGUGUAACAUCACCAACAAGUGUAACAUCACCAACCAGUGUAACAUCACCAACAAGUGUAACAUCGCCUACCAGUAUCACGUCACAAACCAGUGCAACAUCACCUACUAGUGUCACAUCCCCUACUAGUGUAACAAGUGUCACGUCACAAACCAGUGUGACUUCACCUACCAGUGUCACAUCACCUACCAGUAUGACGUCACCUACUAGUGUGACGUCGCCUACCAGUGUGACAUCACCUACAAGUGUAACGUCACCUACAAGUGUCACUUCAGUAACCAGUGUAACAUCGCCACCCAGUGCCACAUCCCCUACCAGUAUAACAUCCCCUACCAGUGUAACAUCACCAACAAGUGUAACAUCACGAACCAGUGUAACAUCACCAACAAGUGUAACAUCACCAACCAGUGUAACAUCACCUACUAGUAUUACAUCACCUACAAGUGUCACAUCACCUACUAGUGUGACCUCAGCUACCAGCGUAACAUCACCUACUAGUGCAACAUCACCUACUAGUGUGACAUCACCUACCAGUGUGACUUCACCUACCAGUGUCACAUCGCCUACAAGUGUCACAUCACCUACUAGUAUGACGUCGCCUACAAGCAUUACAUCGCCAACAAGUUUAACAUCACCUACCAGUGUUACGUCACAAACAAGUGUGACAUCACCUACCAGUGUAACAUCCCCUACUAGUGUCACAUCGCCUACCAGUGUUACAUCUCCUACCAGUGUCACAUCACCAACCAGUGCAACAUCACCUACCAGUGUCACAUCACCUACAAGUGUCACUUCAGCAACCAGUAUGACAUCGCCUACCAGUGUUACAUCACCUACUAGUGCCACAUCGCCUACAAGUGCAACAUCACCUACCAGUGUAACGUCACCAACCAGUAUGACUUCACCUACAAGUUUCACAUCGCCUACAAGUGCAACAUCACCUACCAGUAUCACGUCACAAACCAGUGCAACAUCACCUACUAGUGUCACAUCCCCUACCAGUGUAACAUCGCCUACCAGUGUAACAAGUGUCACGUCACAAACAAGUGUGACAUCACCUACCAGUGUCACAUCUCCAUCCAGUGUCACAUCCCCUACCAGUGUAACAUCACCAACAAGUGUAACAUCACGAACCAGUGUAACAUCACCAACAAGUGUAACAUCACCUACCAGUGUAACAUCACCAACCAGUGUAACAUCACCUACUAGUGUCACAUCACCCACCAGUGUCACAUCACCUACUAGUGUAACGUCACCAACCAGUAUGACUUCACCUACAAGUUUCACAUCGCCUACAAGUGCAACAUCAGCUACCAGUGUCACAUCACCAACCAGUGCAACAUCACCAACCAGUGCAACAUCACCUACUAGUGUCACAUCACCUACGAGUGUCACAUCACCUACGAGUGUAACGUCACCAACCAGUGUCACAUCACCAACCAGUGCAACAUCACCUACUAGUGUCACAUCCCCAACAAGUGUAACAUCACCAACAAGUGUCACUUCACCAAUCAGUGUAACAUCACCUACUAGUGCAACAUCACCUACUAGUAUUACAUCACCUACAAGUGUCACAUCACCUACUAGUGUGACCUCAGCUACCAGCGUAACAUCACCUACUAGUGCAACAUCACCUACUAGUGUGACCUCAGCUACCAGCGCAGAAUCGCCUUCCAGUGUUACAUCACCUACUAGUGUCACAUCGCCUACGAGUGUCACAUCACCUACUAGUAUGGCGUCGCCUACAAGCAUUACGUCGCCAACAAGUUUAACAUCACCUACCAGUGUUACGUCACAAACCAGUGUCACGUCACAAACAAGUGUGACAUCACCUACCAGUGUCACAUCACCAACCAGUGCAACAUCACCUACCAGUGUCACAUCACCUACUAGUGCAACAUCCCCUACCAGUGUAACAUCACCUACAAGUGUCACUUCAGUAACCAGUGUAACAUCACCAACCAGUGUAACAUCACCAACAAGUGUAACAUCACCAACCAGUGUAACAUCACCAACAAGUGUAACAUCACCAACCAGUUGUCACAUCAUCAACCAUGUCACAUCGCCUACCAGUGUAACAUCGCCAACCAGUGUCACAUCCCCUACCAGUGUAACAUCACCAACAAGUGUAACAUCACGAACCAGUGUAACAUCACCAACAAGUGUAACAUCACCAACCAGUGUAACAUCACCUACCAGUGUAACAUCACCUACUAGUGUCACAUCACCUACUAGUGUAACGUCACCAACCAGUAUGACUUCACCUACAAGUUUCACAUCACCUACAAGUGUCACAUCACCUACAAGUGUCACUUCAGCAACCAGUAUGACAUCGCUUACAAGCAUUACGUCGCCAACAAGUUUAACAUCACCUACCAGUAUUACGUCACAGACCAGUGUUACGUCACCUACCAGUGUUACAUCGCGAACCAGUGCCACAUCCCCUACCAGGGUGACAUCACCUACUAGUGUCACAUCGCCUACAAGUGCAACGUCACCAACCAGUAUGACUUCACCUACAAGUUUCACAUCGCCUACAAGUGCAACAUCAGCUACCAGUGUCACAUCACCAACCAGUGCAACAUCACCAACCAGUGCAACAUCACCUACUAGUGUCACAUCACCAACCAGUGCAACAUCACCUACUAGUGUCACAUCACCUACGAGUGUCACAUCACCUACGAGUGUAACGUCACCAACCAGUGUCACAUCACCAACCAGUGCAACAUCACCUACUAGUGUCACAUCCCCAACAAGUGUAACAUCACCAACAAGUGUCACUUCACCAACCAGUGUAACAUCACCUACUAGUGCAACAUCACCUACUAGUAUUACAUCACCUACAAGUGUCACAUCACCUACUAGUGUGACCUCAGCUACCAGCGUAACAUCACCUACUAGUGCAACAUCACCUACUAGUGUGACCUCAGCUACCAGCGCAGAAUCGCCUUCCAGUGUUACAUCACCUACUAGUGUCACAUCGCCUACGAGUGUCACAUCACCUACUAGUAUGGCGUCGCCUACAAGCAUUACGUCGCCAACAAGUUUAACAUCACCUACCAGUGUUACGUCACAAACCAGUGUCACGUCACAAACAAGUGUGACAUCACCUACCAGUGUCACAUCACCAACCAGUGCAACAUCACCUACCAGUGUCACAUCACCUACUAGUGCAACAUCCCCUACCAGUGUAACAUCACCUACAAGUGUCACUUCAGUAACCAGUGUAACAUCACCAACCAGUGUAACAUCACCAACAAGUGUAACAUCACCAACCAGUGUAACAUCACCAACAAGUGUAACAUCACCAACCAGUUGUCACAUCACCAACCAUGUCACAUCGCCUACCAGUGUAACAUCGCCAACCAGUGUCACAUCCCCUACCAGUGUAACAUCACCAACAAGUGUAACAUCACGAACCAGUGUAACAUCACCAACAAGUGUAACAUCACCAACCAGUGUAACAUCACCUACCAGUGUAACAUCACCUACUAGUGUCACAUCACCUACUAGUGUAACGUCACCAACCAGUAUGACUUCACCUACAAGUUUCACAUCACCUACAAGUGUCACAUCACCUACAAGUGUCACUUCAGCAACCAGUAUGACAUCGCUUACAAGCAUUACGUCGCCAACAAGUUUAACAUCACCUACCAGUAUUACGUCACAGACCAGUGUUACGUCACCUACCAGUGUUACAUCGCGAACCAGUGCCACAUCCCCUACCAGUGUGACAUCACCUACUAGUGUCACAUCGCCUACAAGUGCAACAUCACCUACCAGUGUCACAUCACCAACCAGUGUCACAUCACCAACUAGUGUAACUGUCACAUCCCCGACCAGUGUAACAUCACCAACAAGUGUAACAUCACCUACUAGUGUUACAUCACCUACAAGUGUCACAUCACCUACUAGUGUAACAUCACCUACAAGUGUGACAUCACCUACAAGUGUCACAUCACCAACUAGUGGCACGUCAACUACCAGUGUAACAAGUGUAACGUCACCUACAAGUGUCACAUCACCUACCAGUAUGACGUCGCGUACAAGCAUUACGUCGCCAACAAGUUUAACAUCACCUACCAGUAUCACAUCACCUACUAGUAUCAUAUCACCUACUAGUGUAACAUCACCUACUAGUGUGACUUCACCUACUAGUGUAACAUCACCUACUAGUGUGACUUCACCUACCAGCGGAACAUCACCUACUAGUGUUACAUCACCUACUAGUGCAACAUCGCCUACUAGUUUUACAUCGCCUACUAGUUUUACAUCACCAACUAGUGUCACAUCACCAACUAGUGUAACAUCACCUACUAGUGGUACAUCACCUACUAGUGGUACAUCACCUACCAGUGUCACUUCACCUACAAGUGUGACAUCACCUACAAGUGUCACAUCAGCUACUAGUGUGAUGUCACCUACCAGUGUCACAUCACCUACUAGUGUGAAUUCACCUACAAGUGUUACUUCACCUACCAGUGUCACAUCACCUACCAGUAUGACUGUUACGCCACAAACAAGUGUGACAUCACCUACUAGUGUGACAUCACCUACUAGUGUGACAUCACCUACAAGUGUCACAUCGCCUACCAGUGUAACAAGUGUCACGUCACAAACCAGUGUGACUUCACCUACCAGUGUCACAUCACCUACCAGUAUGACGUCGCCUACUAGUGUGACGUCACCUACAAGUGUCACAUCACCUACCAGUGUCACAUCACCUACCAGUAUGACGUCGCCUACAAGCAUUACGUCGCCAACAAGUUUAACAUCACCUACCAGUGUCACAUCACCUACCAGUGCCAUUUCACCAACAAGCCUAACAUCACCAACCAGUGUAACAUCACCUAGUAGUGCAACAUCACCUACAAGUGUCACAUCACCUACAAGUGUCACUUCAGCAACCAGUGUAACAUCGCCAACCAGUGUAACAUCCCCUACUAGUGUGACGUCACCAACCAGCGUCACAUCACCUACCAGUGCCACAUCGCCUACCAGUGUCACAUCACCUUCCAGUGUAACAUCACCUACCAGUGUCACAUCACCUACCAGUAUGACGUCGCCCACAAGCAUUACGUCGCCAACAAGUUUAACAUCACCUACCAGUGUUACGUCACAAACCAGUGUGACUUCACCCACAAGUGUGACAUCGCCUACCAGUGUAACAUCCCCUACUAGUGUUACAUCACCUACAAGUGUCACAUCACCAACUAGUGUAACAUCACCUACUAGCAUUACGUCGGCAACAAGUUUAACAUCACCUACCAGUGUCACAUCACAGACUAGUGUAACAUCACCUACUAGUGUGACAUCACGAACAAGUGUGACUGUUACGCCACAAACAAGUGUGACAUCACCUACUAGUGUGACAUCACCUACCAGUGUCACAUCGCCUACCAGUGUAACAAGUGUCACGUCACAAACCAGUGUGACUUCACCUACCAGUGUCACAUCACCUACCAGUAUGACGUCGCCUACUAGUGUGACGUCACCUACAAGUGUCACAUCACCUACCAGUGUCACAUCACCUACCAGUAUGACGUCGCCUACAAGCAUUACGUCGCCAACAAGUUUAACAUCACCUACCAGUGUCACAUCACCUACCAGUGCCAUUUCACCAACAAGCCUAACAUCACCAACCAGUGUAACAUCACCUAGUAGUGCAACAUCACCUACAAGUGUCACAUCACCUACAAGUGUCACUUCAGCAACCAGUGUAACAUCGCCAACCAGUGUAACAUCCCCUACUAGUGUGACGUCACCAACCAGCGUCACAUCACCUACCAGUGCCACAUCGCCUACCAGUGUCACAUCACCUUCCAGUGUAACAUCACCUACCAGUGUCACAUCACCUACCAGUAUGACGUCGCCCACAAGCAUUACGUCGCCAACAAGUUUAACAUCACCUACCAGUGUUACGUCACAAACCAGUGUGACUUCACCCACAAGUGUGACAUCGCCUACCAGUGUAACAUCCCCUACUAGUGUUACAUCACCUACAAGUGUCACAUCACCAACUAGUGUAACAUCACCUACUAGCAUUACGUCGGCAACAAGUUUAACAUCACCUACCAGUGUCACAUCACAGACUAGUGUAACAUCACCUACUAGUGUGACAUCACGAACAAGUGUGACUGUUACGCCACAAACAAGUGUGACAUCACCUACUAGUGUGACAUCACCUACCAGUGUCACAUCGCCUACCAGUGUAACAAGUGUCACGUCACAAACCAGUGUGACUUCACCUACCAGUGUCACAUCACCUACCAGUAUGACGUCGCCUACUAGUGUGACGUCACCUACAAGUGUCACAUCACCUACCAGUGUCACAUCACCUACCAGUAUGACGUCGCCUACAAGCAUUACGUCGCCAACAAGUUUAACAUCACCUACCAGUGUCACAUCACCUACCAGUGCCAUUUCACCAACAAGCCUAACAUCACCAACCAGUGUAACAUCACCUAGUAGUGCAACAUCACCUACAAGUGUCACAUCACCUACAAGUGUCACUUCAGCAACCAGUGUAACAUCGCCAACCAGUGUAACAUCCCCUACUAGUGUGACGUCACCAACCAGCGUCACAUCACCUACCAGUGCCACAUCGCCUACCAGUGUCACAUCACCUUCCAGUGUAACAUCACCUACCAGUGUCACAUCACCUACCAGUAUGACGUCGCCCACAAGCAUUACGUCGCCAACAAGUUUAACAUCACCUACCAGUGUUACGUCACAAACCAGUGUGACUUCACCCACAAGUGUGACAUCGCCUACCAGUGUAACAUCCCCUACUAGUGUUACAUCACCUACAAGUGUCACAUCACCAACUAGUGUAACAUCGCCUACUAGCAUUACGUCGGCAACAAGUUUAACAUCACCUACCAGUGUCACAUCACAGACUAGUGUAACAUCACCUACUAGUGUGACAUCACGAACAAGUGUGACUGUUACAUCACCUACCAGUGUCACAUCACCAACCAGUGUAACAUCACCUACAAGUGUCACAUCACCUACAAGUGUCACUUCAGCAACCAGUAUGACAUCGCCUACAAGCAUUACGUCGCCAACAAGUUUAACAUCUCCUACCAGUGUUACGUCACAGACCAGUGUUACGUCACAAACAAGUGUGACAUCACCCACCAGUGUAACCUCCCCUACUAGUGUGACAUCACCUACCAGUGUCACAUCGCCUACCAGUGUAACAAGUGUUGCGUCACAAACCAGUGUGACUUCACCUACCAGUGUCACAUCACCUACCAGUAUGACGUCGCCUACUAGUGUGACGACACCUACAAGUGUCACAUCACCUACCAGUGUAACAUCCCCUACUAGUGUCACAUCACCUUCCAGUGUCACAUCACCUACCAGUAUGACAAGUAUUACGUCACCGACAAGUAAUGUUCGAAUAAAUUAG